AUGUUUCAUUUGUCCCAAUCAAUAAUACCAUUUUAUGAACACUGGAUAUUCAUUUCUAUAACGAUCAUCGCUAUUUUGUGCAUAAUUAUUGCAAUUGUCUGCUAUAUUAUCCAUGUUCUAAACAAACCACCGGCUACGGCCAAGUUACCUGAAAUGCCGAAACGAGAUUUUACAAUCCAGGAACUAAGUCAAUUUGAUGGGACAGGUCCAGAUGGUAGAAUUUUGAUAGCCGUUAAUGGUAAUGUCUUCGAUGUCACUAAUAAUGGAAAAGAAUACUACGGAAAAAAUGGUCCUUAUGCCAUUUUCGCCGGUCGUGAUGCCUCUAGAUCUCUUACAAAUUUCACUACGGAUUUACCCCAAGGUACCGACGAGUAUGAUGAUCUCUCAGAUCUCACUUCAGAUCAGAUGAAAGGUCUUAAGGAGUGGGAAUUGCAAUUCCGGGAUCGGUACACUCUUGUAGGUAAAUUACUAUCUCCCUCUGAGCCACAUCAUCUGUAUGAAAGUGCAGAUACUGAGGAUUCAAAUCAAUUGGAUGCUAUUUCCACUUCGACCAAGCCGAAAGCUGAAUAA